AUGCAUAUCAAACAGAUUAUUAUCCAGGGCUUCAAGAGCUACAAGGAACAAACCGUCAUCGAACCUUUCUCUCCAAAGACCAAUGUCAUUGUCGGGCGCAACGGCUCUGGCAAGAGUAACUUCUUCGCUGCGAUCCGAUUCGUUCUCAGCGAUGCCUACACCAACAUGAGCCGCGAAGAGCGGCAGGCUCUGCUGCACGAAGGAUCAGGCUCUGCGGUCAUGUCGGCCUAUGUCGAGAUCAUCUUCGACAACACCGACAAGCGUUUCAGCGAACCGGGCGACGAGGUGGUGAUUCGGCGGACGAUUGCCCUCAAGAAGGACGAAUAUUCCGUCGAUCGAAAGGUCCAGACCCGCGCAGAUGUGUUGAAGAUUCUCGAGACGGCCGGUUUCGCCAAGGAAAACCCAUUCUACAUUGUACCCCAGGGUCGCAUCGCGGCCAUCACCAACAUGAAGGAGUCCGAGAGGCUCAACCUUCUAAAGGAAAUAGCGGGUACCAACACCUAUGACGACCGGAGGAUACAGUCGCUCAAGAUCAUGGCCGAAACCAACAGCAAGCGCGACAAGAUUGACGAGACCCUGGUGUACAUAAAGGAGCGACUUAGGGAGUUGGAGGAAGAAAAGGACGAGCUUCGCGACUUUCAGGACAAGGACAGGGAACGCAGGUGUCUCGAGUAUGCCCACUGGCAUCGUCUGCAAAAGACCAAUGCUGAAACUCUUGAGCAAGUGGAGGAAGCCAGGCAAGGGGGGGCAGGGGCCUCUACGAAAGAUCGCGCCCAACUCCGAAAGACGGAGAAGGAGAUUGCUGUUCUGGACCAGAAGGCCCACGAACUCAGACAAGCUCUGGAGUACCUCACUAUCGAACGGCGUCAACUGGAUGACGACCGCAAGGACGCGGCUAGGGCGCGUGCCAAGGCCGAGCUGAAGACCAAGCAUUUGGACGAGAGCAGGCAUGUCCGCGAACAAACACGACAAAGGCAGGAAGCCGAGCUUCAGGAGGUCAGGCAAAAGAUUCAACAAGCCGAAGCAGAGCUCGUCAGAGUGCAGCCCGAAUACGAGAAGCUGAAGGCUGAAGAGGCUGAGAUCAAGACUCAAAGAGACUCUGUUGCUGCUGGGCGAAAACGACUCCUUGUCAAACAGACCAGAAGCAGUCAGUUCAAGAACAAGGCGGAACGCGAUGCAUAUCUCCGCAAUGAAAUCCAGGAGGCGACAUCAUCUCUCGGUCUCCAAAAAGCGAACGCCAUGGACGCGAGGGAGCAAGUUCAGCAAGUGGAAAGUUCACUUGCGCAGCUUGAACAGUCCAUUCAGCAUAUCAGGGCCAGAAUGGAAAGCUAUGGAGGCAACCGCACUGCUCUUUUUGAAAAAUUGACCAAGGCGCAGGAGGCCAGGGAACAGCUUGAAGAGGAACGAAAGCGGCUUCGUCGUGAGGAUGACCGACUCAGCUCGCAGAUCAGCAGCACCAGGAUGGACAGAGACCAAGCAGAAACGCAUCUCUCACAUGCUAUGGAUUCGGCGACGUCCAAGGGUCUUGCCACUAUUCGAAGGCUUAAGCAGGAGAAGAAUAUUCCCGGCGCUUACGGGACGCUGGCAGAGUUGAUGAAUGUGCCGAUGGAUGCCUACAAGCUGCCAGUGGAACAGGUCGCAGGAAACAGCCUGUUUCACUACAUCGUGGAUGACCAGGCCACAGCGACGAUGCUGUCUGAUCACCUGUAUAAGAAUUACGGCGGUAGACUUACCUUUGUGCCCCUCGAACAGAUUCGCCCAAGGCAGGUUAAGAUGCCGAGGGCGUCCGACGCCCAGCCCCUCAUCAGCAAGAUUGAGUUCGACCCAUUAUAUGAGAAAGCAUUCCAGCAAGUAUUUGGCCGGACCAUCAUCUGCCCAAGUCUGGCUAUCGCUUCUCAGUACUCACGCUCACACGGCCUUGACGCCAUCACUCCCGAAGGCGACACAACCAACAAGAGGGGUGCAAUGACGGGUGGUUAUGUCGAUGCCAGGAGAUCACGUCUGGACGCGGUUCAAAAGGUCAGCAAACUGCGUGAGAUCUACGAGGCACAGUUGGCAGAUGCUGCCAAAAUCAGAAAGGAGAUCGAGGUGAUAGAUCAGAAGGUCACGGCAGCAAGGGGCGAGGAAACCAAGAUUCAGCAACAAAUGCGCCGCUUCGACCAGGACUAUGACCCUCUCAAGGGCGAGCUUCAGAGCAAAAAUUCGCAGCUUGAACGCCAGCGGGCUCAUCGCGAGUCUGCAUUGUCACACUUGGCCGAAGUGGAGAAGAACAUGAAGGAGUUGGACGAUUCCAUUCUGGCAUCGCAAAACGAAUUGGCCCAGGACUUUAAGAAGACCCUGUCAGCGAGUGAGGAGCAAGAGCUCGAACGCCUAGGCAAUGAGUUGAGCGCUCUGCAGAAGGAGUUCAAGGCGAUCAGCACAAAGCGGAUUGAUCUUGAAGGUCGCAAAAAGUCUCUUGAGCAGGAGCUGAACACCCAUCUCCGACCUCAGGAAGAUCAACUUCGAAGCCAGGCUUUCGAGGCCACGACGGCAGGUGGUACUGAAAGCUUCAAAGACGCUCAGAAGGAACUCAAGAAGGCUCAAAAGCUGGCGGCGGAGGCGGAGGCGUCUUUGGAGGAGAACGAGCAGCAGACGGAGCAGACAAGCAGUGAGCUGACCCAGGUAGAAGCUCAAAAGGCGCAAAAGGAACAGGAGCUCCAGGAACUGCAAAGGCGUAUUGAGCAAUACCAGAAGAAGAUGGAGAAGGCCAUUCAGACGAGGGCUCGCCUCAUCAGCCAGGCUGCUGAGUAUGCCAAGAAUAUUAGAGAUUUGGGUAUUCUGCCUGAGGAAGCUUUUGGCAAGUAUGAGAAGAUGAAAUCCGAGCAGAUCGAAACCAGACUUGCCAAGGUCAACCAAGCCCUCAAGAAGUACAAGCACAUCAACAAGAAGGCCUUUGAUCAGUACAACAGCUUUACCACACAGCGAGACAACUUGCUGAAGCGCCGGAAAGAACUUGAUACCUCGCAGGCCUCUAUUGAGACGCUCAUUGAGCAUCUUGAUCAGGAGAAGGACGAGGCCAUUGAGCGUACCUUCAAGCAGGUGUCGAAGGAAUUCUCCACCAUCUUUGAGAAGCUUGUUCCAGCUGGUCACGGACGUCUUGUCAUUCAACGCAAGGCGGACCGUGCCAAGAACAGAGCUGCGAAUAAUGACUCGGAUGAGGAGGUUGUCAGUGGGGUUGAGAGCUAUACUGGUGUUGGCAUCAGUGUGUCUUUUAACUCGAAGGUCAUGGACGAGCAGCAGAAGAUUCAGCAGCUCAGUGGUGGUCAGAAGAGUUUGUGCGCUCUAUGCUUGAUUUUCGCCCUCCAAGCGGCAGAGUCCAGCCCGUUUGUCAUCUUUGACGAGGUCGACGCCAACCUCGACGCACAGUACCGUACGGCAGUGGCCAGUCUCUUGCAGUCGAUUUCGGAGGAGCAAAAGACGCAGUUUAUCUGCACGACUUUCAGGCCGGAGAUUGUGCAUGUUGCUGACAAGUGCUACGGUGUGACGUUUCACAACAAGACGAGCACGAUUGACUGUGUGAGGACGGAGGAUGCGCUCAACUUUGUUGAUGGGCAGAAGAAGUAG